UGUUGUUGGCUCAGAGUAGGUAUAAAUAUCGGACUUGGAAGGGAUGAAAUGUUCAGUUUAAAAGUACACGUCUAACUGUAAUAAGGGCUAACAAAUAUGAAUCCUUUGUUAAAAAAAUUUAAUAAGAUCGGCAAUCCUGACAGAAUAAAAAAACCAGAAAAAAGUCUUAAGCAACUUAAAUUAAGAAACAAAUAUAACAUUUUGAAGGCAAAAAAAUGUAGACAACAAAUAAAGGUAGAAUUAGCGGAUGAAAUAGUUUAUCUGCCAAAAAGAUUUAACGAAGAGCUUACAGAAGAUGAGAUAAAUGAACUUUCAAAGUGUUCAUUUGAAUUGUUAGCUCCUAUGGGCAAUUCUUUUAAGAUAAACAUUGAUUUGAAAGAACAUCAAAACGAAAAAACGGAUAUCAUCAAUCGAGAAACAUUUGAAGUUUUAUUAGAAGAAAAAGCUGAGAUGAAUUUAAAUCAACGAAAAAUUCUAUUCAAUAUUAAACCAGUUCCGGAUAAUUUCGAGCCGAUUUCUUGGAUUAAGGAUGCUAUAAAUGGGCCAUUUCAACUUGCAAUGAAAGAUCUUAAUUCUUCUGAUAAUGUGAAAAUAAUUUUUCGUCGACAUUGUUAUCCUGAACAUCAAGCUGAAGAAGAUGAUGAAAUAGAAUUAUUCAACAUUCAUGAUUUAGAAGAAGGUGAUGCAUGGGAAAAGAUUAUGAAAAUUGUACAAAAAAAUUGGAAUAACAUGACAAUUGAAAAGUUUUAUAUAAUUGUAACAAUAGUUUCAUUGGAUUUGUAAUGAAGAUUAUGAUUUUAAGAUUAUAUUUUUGGUAUA